GAUUGUCCCCUGACUUGCAAUCAAUGGAGCAGAUUAGACGCAUCAUGAGACCAACAGAUGUGCCUGACACAGGUCUCUUGUGUGAUCUCUUGUGGUCGGAUCCUGAAAAGGAUGUUCAGGGCUGGGGUGAGAACGACAGAGGUGUGUCAUUUACUUUUGGUGCUGAUGUAGUGAGCAAGUUCCUUAACAGGCAUGACCUUGAUCUGAUUUGUAGGGCACAUCAGGUUGUAGAAGAUGGCUAUGAGUUCUUUGCCAAAAGACAGCUGGUCACCUUAUUCUCGGCACCAAACUACUGCGGUGAGUUUGAUAAUGCUGGAGGCAUGAUGUCCGUGGAUGAAUCUCUUAUGUGCUCCUUUCAGAUUCUGAAGCCUUCAGAAAAGAAAGCAAAAUACCAGUAUGGAGGACUGAAUUCUGGUCGACCAAUUACACCACCACGUGGACCACAACAGCCAAAUAAAACAAAAAACAAUAAAAAUUGA